AGGGAGCCUCUUACCCCGCCACUUCCUCGGAGCCCCGUCGUCGUUCCUUUUUCAUACUCCUCCUCCCCCCGUCACGCCGUCCUCUAACGCCCCUCCGCCUGUUUCCUAUCUACUGUCACUCAUUCUUAAGUUUUCAGCGGACAUUGAAACACCGGUGAGCCGAUGGCAGUAAAACUAAAUUUUGGAUUUCAUUAACCAGUGGAAUUAAUUUGUCAUAUACCUAUUUUAUCGAUUCAGUGUUGAGUAUUUUUUUUUUCUUAGAAAUAACAUUGGGCUAUCACAUGACCUUGUAUCAGCUCUAAUAGCAGCGACAGAGUCACUUUUCAUAUUUGGACUUAUAGCUGACCACAUUAAGCUGUGCAGUUAACUCUCGUGGUGUUUAAUAAGCACAAUUUACAAUUGCACGAAAACAUCAAAACAUGAACAAUUUUCAACAAAAUAGCAAAUAGCAGUGAGAGUGGAGGCUUUUAGACAGGAGUGGACAUAGACAUACAACCAUUGACAGAGGCGGCUACGUGAAAUAGCAUUAGCUACCUGGCACAUUGAACUAUGAGAGAUUAAGCUGCAGCCCAAUUUUUUUUUCUUUAAGGAUUUUUUUAUGUGAAACAAGCUGGAAACAAUGUGUAUUUCAAUGAACUAAUGCAUACGGACUAAAACUGUAUUUCCAUUAGUUCAAUCAACUAAUGAAUAUGGACUAAAGCUGUGUUUACACUGAUCGUAUUUCAAGGAACUAAUGAAUAUGGACUAAAGCUGUGUUUACACUGAUCAUAUUUCAAGGAACUAAUGAAUACGGACUAAAACUGUAUUUAGGCUGAUCAUAGUUCAAUCUACUAAUGAAUACAGACUAAAGCUGUGUUUACACUGAUCGUAUUUCAAUCAAUCAAUAAAUAUGGACUACGCUAUGUUCACAUGGAUUGCAUUUUAAAAUAGCAUGUAUCAAAUCAGUAACUUGUAUAAAGACGCCAUUUGUUGCUAAGUUGCAGUAAAUAUUCAGACACUUUGAAAAAUUUCAUUUUAAUUGGACUUAGUAUCAUUAUGAACAGUGUGGAUAGUUACAUGUAGCUUCUGUUGGACUGAAGUUACUUUCUCUACAUAGACACAUAAAGAUUUGGAUAUUCCUCAGCUCUGGCUCUUCUUGAAGGAGCUUCAUCGAUGUUAAUCUGUGGCUCACUGUGAUCAGAUUUGAAACCUAAGGUCUUUGAUUGGCUCAUUUCGACGUGGUUUACAAAAGUAUUAAGACAUCAGAAGCUGAUGCUACUCAAUGUCCAUAUGACGAAAUGAAGCGAUUGCACUGAAAGCCUUAGGGGGGCGAUAACUGACGGAAUUAUCAAGAUCUAUUUCACUCAACAACGAAUAAAGUUUCAACAAAAAGAGUUCUGAACUAGGACUUCUAAAGGCAGCUGCACAGCCAAGGUGCACAACUUUUGGUUCUGCUCAAGGGACAUCAUCCCGUACAGUCAUGAACGACAGCAACCUAACCAACGUCGGGACGACCACGUCGAAAAUCGAGGCCCAUGACCGGGGCGAUGUCACCCGUACAGAAUUACUGGUAGUGACCGUCAUGCUGUCCGUUUUUUCGGUCACUGGAACAAUCGGAAACGCUUUGGCCAUCUAUGUCUUCUCCAGUUUAAAACAGAAGCCCUUAUCUUUCCAGCUGACCUCGACAAUCUUCAUACUGACCCUGGCCGGAACAGACUUCGUGACCUGUCUGAUUACCAUUCCUUUCACCAUUCUUAUGGAGUACCUGGACUUUCACGUGGCCAGUGAUGAGAUUUGCAAGAUCUACCACUUCCUUAUCACCACCACAGUUCCCUUCUCUUGUGUGGUCAUUGUGGCUAUAGCCGUGGACAGAUACAUGUGCAUCUGCCACCCAUUCCAUCACUGGAUGACUAUCCAGAGAGCUCGCAUCAUCAUCGGCUUUCUAGUUAUCAUCAUCUUCGCCUUCGGCAGCAUCGUCAGCGCUCACUACUCCAUCUACUCCAAGGCUGAGCUCAACCGAACCAUAAAUCAACUGAGCAACGCCUCUGGCUAUCCUAUGGGUGGCGCCUAUGACUUCACCAAAGGAGACACGGCCAUGACCUUCACCCCCGACCCCUUCUCGCCGGGUCCCAGCUACUCUCAAGCCGUUCGAGCGCAAGAAGCUGGGAAUCGUUCAGAUGUCUUGUUCUCCACCAUACACAUCGACAUGAGCACCCAGCCUACGCCUAACGUCUUGACCUCGUAUUUGAUCACCAAGUGCGAUCUGAACGAGAAUCUCAUCGGCGAGAGUUUCUUCAGGAGUUUUAAAAAGCUUUACGUGGGCAUAUUUUUCGUCAGUUGUCUCAUUGUCUUCGCUUUGUAUAGCCUCAUUUACAGAUCUGUGAUCGCCCAAAGAAAAAAAAAGCUCCGCAUCAAAUCGGCCCAGUGCUGUCUGCUGUGGAACGCGACCAGCCUGGACUCACCUCAUGAGCUGGCUGAAAUGACGCAAGACAUCGAGCUCAGCCACGUCAACGGGGACGACAAGUGCGCCGUCAGGCACAACUCCGCCACUCCCGAGGACUUGGAGCCUCACAACAACGGCGCGGUCCGGAAAUGCUCUCUUUCCAAAGCCCGCAUCGAGCGGAUGAGGGUGGCGAACAUCAAAACGGCCUUCACCUUGUUCAUCGUGACCUUGGUGUUCAUUUUGGCCUUCCUGCCUUCGUGGCUGAUGGCUCUGAAUGCCAUCUCGAUGAAAAUCGUUGUGUUUUACAUGCACUUUGUAUACAACGUCGCCAACCCUUUUAUCUACGCCUUCCUCAAUCAGAACUUUAAGAAUGAGCUAAGGAGGAUUUUCCAUUGUGGCAAAAAGUGAAGUUACAUCUUCAAGUAAAGACCGUAAUCUUUGACCAAAGGGCAUCUAAGACACUUUAAUGCCUCUAGGGGGAAAUGAAAUUCAUCAAGAUAAAAUAUGUUAACAAGUGUUUUUAUUUUGUGACUCAAGGAGUUAUACUUGAAAAUCCAAUCGUAAGGUCACAAUGCCUGAAAUCUUUUUAAAGUGGCUGUAUUCAGAAGGAUUGUGUGUUUUUGACAUUGUUUUUUAUUCCAUGAUCUGCUUCUAUCACAUAUUUGUAAGCAUCUUUGCAACAUAGCCUAUUCUCAUCCUUACAGAAAAUGCAUAUCUGUUUAUUCUAUGAAUCCGUAACAUUUACAAAACAGUGUUGUGAAAUACGACGGCUUGAGUCUACCAGUGUGAAAGCAGGCUUAUAUUAGCAUACGACGGCUUGAGUCUACCAGUGUGAAAGCAGGCUUAUAUUAGCAUACGACGGCUUGAGUCUACCAGUGUGAAAGCAGGCUUAUAUUAGCAUACGACGGCUUGAGUCUACCAGUGUGAAAGCAGGCUUAUACUAGCAAGGGUAUGUCUCAGACUUGCUGAGUCUUCGGGAGGUUUACUUAAAUGCAUGUUAUUCUUACGGAAGUAUUUCAACGGAUUUUCAUAUUUCCUAUUACCCCACUUUUGACACCCUGCAAAUGUAGAGAAAAAAAAGUGUCACGAAGACAUUGUCUAAAUUAUAAAAAAGAAAAGAGAAAAGAGUUUUGUAAAUUAUAAUUUAUAUUUGAUUUUAUAUCAAAACAACCAAGAACAAAAUAUUCAUAUCCUUCAGGGUUGUAAAUAGAUGUUGACAGUUCACGGAGACCUAUCUAAGCUGCUAACCUCCUUAUAAAUGUGGCUAUAAUCUUGUGAUGGUGACGUAUUUUAGAUAGAACUGUUUGGUCAAGGUGUUGAUAAUGAACACAGUGGUAUCAUUGCCGUUGUAUGACUUCAAAGUAUGUCAUUCAUACAAGAAGUGAAUGCUGAAUGUUUUAUCAGUAGAAGUCUAGUAAAGAUGUAGAGAUUUUCAGAAUAAUAUACCUAACGGAUAAUGUAUAUUUCUCUGUGUGAAUUAUUUGUAAACAACAUAUCAUUCAUUCAUAAUCUCCUUAAUCAUCCUGCGUAAAUGAUUGCCUUUUUCCGGAUAAAAUUGUAUUAUACAUAUGUCUAAAUUAACACUUGGUACUUGGUGAAUUGAGCAAGAAUUUAAACGAUCCAAUCAGUAUUCUAUCAAUCAUUUAGAGAAAAGGAAUUUAUUCCCUUCAAUACUUGGCCAAGGCUCACAACUUAUACAUCCACAGAUGGAGACGUGCCCCAAUCUUUUAGAAGAAACGUGUAAAUACAUAUAACAUUUUUAAAAAUCGAAUCAUUCAGUGAACGACUAAGAUAAUAAAAAACAGGAAACCAUGACCAGUGAGUGACAGCAUUACAAGCACAUACACUAAAACAUACACACGCAAAAAAACAACAACACCAACACAUACAAACAUAUAUAAUUUAACACACCCAGACACACAAAUACCCUAACUAAUACAUACACUAACACACGUGUUAAUAAGUGUGUGUGUAUAUAUAUAUAUAUAUAUAUAUAUAUAUAUAUAUAUAUAUAUAUAUAUAUAUAUAUAUAUAUAUAUGUAUAUACAAGCACACAAGUGCACUUACAGACACAUACUAACAUACAUACAAAUACCCUUAUACACACACACGAAUGCAACAACAACACAGACACACAUAAAUGCACUAGCACCUACAAACAGACAUUAACACACACACACGAACACUCCUAUUGAAGAUAAAGCCUGUAAAAAGAGUUGCAGAUUUAAAUACAUAAAUAAAAGAAUACAAGUGAGUUACGUGUAUUAACGUUUAACUGUUUUACUGACUUCCUUCAAGUGUAGCAAACCAACAAUCUACAUUUUUAUGUCAUCUUUUAUCUAAACUACCAGACUCUUUUAUGUACAAUGGAAAUCAAAUCAAGUCUGUUAAAAGUUCACCCCCCCCCCUUUUUUUUUGUUUCGUUCUUUGAUAAAUGGCAGACGGUAGUGGAGAAUGUAUAACUUCGUCUCCGCUCCCAGAUAACCUUUCACUCGUUUAUUGUUUGCGAUUACAUGGCAUGCGCGUGAGGUCGACACUAUUUUCAUUUGUAUAGUCAAUGGAUAGCCUCCAACCGUAAUGUUUUGAGUUGGUUUGUUUUUUAAUUCAUUGUCAUCAAGUGCUGGUUGGAAGGUAUACACGUUUCGUGUCUUGCACGUACAGAAAAGUGUUUUUAAAAAAUUGUUCCAACAGACAUUGCUAUUUCCUGUUUUUUACAUGACAUUGUACAAAUGUAUUUAUUGGACAGAAUAGUAUUUAUAACACGUUGGUAUGUUUUAAGUUUCUGUAACUACAAUGAUGUGUCCUUGAUUUUACUGGCGGUUAAGUUAAAUUAUAUGUACAUAAGCUAAUAGUUAUAGAGAUAUUUAUUACACACACACACACUCAUGUUUAAAUAUGAUACAUAAAAUAGGUUACCAGACGUCAGGCAAAAGGAGGCCUUGACCUUAAAGGUGAAAAUGUCCUUUCUUUUUCCUUGACUGCAAUAGCACACGAUCCACAAAUGGAUUACAUCUUACAUAUUUUUCGGUUUUAAAGUUUAAGCUCACAAACCCACUUAACAAUUGUUUGUCUGGCAAUUUGUAGCCUAGCUCUAGGAAAAGAGUUUUGAUGUCAACGAUGUUGAGUUAGACAGAAAGAUGACACCUUUUGUUUACCAUUGAACUGUGAUGCUGAGGUCAAAACGUUUGAGUUAUUCAUAGCUCUUCUUGUUCUUUUCAUAGAAUAGUUUCUGUUGACCUCACAGUAACGACACAGUGGACAAAAAAAAAAGAGAGAAACUCCAUGACUCGAUCGGAGAUAUCUUUCUUACAAAUAGCAAAAAAAAAUCUAAAGAAAAUGCUUUUUUUUUGAGAAAAUUGAUCCUAGAUUAGAGUUUUACAAGCUAUGAUUUAAGUACAGUUCCCAAGACAGCCCUUAUGAUCUUUAGGCCAGAGGAAGUAAAGGUCUCUAAUUUCUGUGGCCCAUGGUUAACCAGGGUGUCAUGUGACCAGCACAAUGACCAACCGCCUUUACUUUUCCUCAACUAACGUCAGGUACCCAUUAGAGCUGGGUGGACUCAGAGGUGCUCUAAAGAUCCUGAAAUUAAAAAUCCUGGAUUUUAACUUGCCCCCCCCCCCCGGUUGAUACGCCAAGUGCAUUACCACCGUGUCUCCUAAGCUUUCAUUUAAUGUUAUUAUUUAUCAAUGAAAUUGUAAGCCAAGUUUGAUAGAAUUUCAUUGUAUUUUUGUGUCCAUUUUAAAAGGCUUUGUCUUCCUUUCUAUUCCCCUUUCGGUGCUCCUUGAAGUGUGUGUCUGGUAAUCCUAUACAUACAAAAUAACAUAUAAGUAGCAAUGCAGUAGCAUACAUUUUGACACUAUAUUAUAAAUAUAUAUACGCACACACCCAUACACCUUUGUAAAUUUCCCAUUAUAAAACAUAAUCUCUAGUCAUGCGGAUAAUAUUUCUGACCAAUUCUUGUAAGUUGUGUUUACAUUGAUGUCAGCGCUGAUGUGUGGAAAUGAAUUAAAUUCCUAUAUUCCCUUUAUGAAGUAUGAACAGAGAAUGUUCUUGUAAAUAAAAUAUAAAAACAUU